UUAAAUUACAAGAAGAAAUUGAAUUAUUGAAACAAAAGAAUAAUUCUUUGAAAGAUGAAGCCUCUAAUUACCAAGUUGCCUUAAGUAAGAUGACCAGUUAUCGAUUGGCUGAUGAUGACCAGAAUAAUUCCGUUUAUUUAACUGAGGAUAUUAAUAAAUUAUAUGAUAAAGUCUCAAAGUUUGUCACUAAUUUAAAAAAAGGUAUUAGUAUACAUGAAGAUAAGAUUUCGGAACUUAUGAAACAAUACAAGUGCAACAUCGAAGGAAACCUUGACAUAAGACUCGUGAAAGAAGUUUUAAAACGCUUGGUAAUUGAAACAAUUAUCAAUAUGGUCAAUACUUACCUUAAGUCUGAUAAAUCAGAUAAAUUUCAUCUUGAAAAGGAUAUAAUAAAUCCUUUAAGCCCAUUGUUAAAUGAUUUUUACAAAUUGUCUAAUGAAAGGUCUGGUAGUAAUGAUAUUAUGAAAGCAAUUCCGACAAAAGUACGACAACAAAUAUAUAUGGUUCUCGGAAACUUGGCAUUUUCAGAUGUUACCUGUGAAGAAGGAAACCUUGAGCAUUCAUUUAUAUCUAAUAGUAAAAAACAACUUAUUAACACGAUAAAUCAAUAUCGUACUAUUAAUGAUACCUCCAAGAGAAGAGAAAUUGAGAAACAAGCAUCAGCUCUUAUUCGUGAUGUUAUUAGUAUAUUUUAUUUUCGAAGACAUAUACAGGAACCAAUAGUGGAUUACAUGUGGAUUGAAAAUAAUAAACCUUUUGAUCCACUCUUUAUGGAUGGUAUUUGGGACGAUGAUGAUGUUAGUAAUUUAGUAGUGCAAUUCUGUUCAUUUCCACUUUUUGGAUCUGAGCUAGAAGAUCCUGAAAAAAUGAAAGUAUACACUAGGGCACGUGUUAUUAUACAAGAUUAA